AUGGCUCUCCAUCCCAAAGACGAAGCCUUGAUGUGCAAGGUGUUCCCAUCCAAUCUAGGACCCGUAACGAUGAGAUGGUUCGACAGCCUAAGGGCAAAUUCCAUAGAUUCCUUCAAAGAGCUCACCUGGGCAUUUGGCUCUCAUUUUAUUACGUGUACCAAGGUCCCUCGGCCCAUAGAUUCCGUACUAUGUCUAUCUAUGCAAGAAGGAGAGACUCUGAAAACUUACUCAGACAGGUACUGGGAGAUGUUCAACGAAAUAGAUGGUGACUUUGAAGACAUGGCCAUCAGUACUUUUAAGGUUGGCCUCCCAACUGAGCACAGUUUACGGAAGUCUCUUAUUGGCAAACCUAUCACCAGUGUGCGCCAACUUAUGGACCGAAUUGAUAAGUACAAAAGGGUUGAAGAAGACCAGCAACAAGGGAAAGGAAAAGCUAAGGUUAUCCUUCAGUAG